CUGUACUUUGGGAGGGCUGUGGUGCAGAGCUAAACAAAUUGUUUUGAAAAGUUCCUGCUCUGCUUGCCAAAGUGUCCUUGAGCAAAGCACCAAACCCCGUAUUGGUCCUGGUGGUUGUAGGUUGGUGUUUGGCAAUGGAGCCACCCUCAGUGUGUGAUUGUAAGCGCGCAUGAGACUAACUGUAGCACACUACCUUCUAAGAGGGCAGUAAAGUGUUUUUUAACUGUACACUAUUUACCAUUUUGUUGAAAACGUCAUUUAUCUGGGCUGUACAGAAACAGGCCCUGGUUCAAAUCUCUGCUGGGUGGAGCUGGGCCUUUUGUGUUUGGAGUUUGCAUGUUCUCCCGUACGUGGAUGGAUUCUACUCCACUUUCCUUCCACGGUUCACAAACCAUCCAAUGGACCGGUGAACUGUCCAAAGAGUACCCUUCCUUUGCCCUACAGUUGCUGGGAUUGGCUCCAGCAACCCGGAUGACCCCUUUAGGGGACAGAGCAGUAAUAGAAGAUGGGUGGAUGUAGUUCAUCCUGAGAGGAGGAAAGUUGUGUGUGCAGUUUGGAGUGACUGGAUUCUGUUGUGUUCUUCUUCCCUCUUCACAGGGUUGGAGUAGCUGCUGGGAGACACUGAAACCAUGGCAUCUACUGGAACUUUCCGGAUGGUCUCAGAGGAAGAGCAGGCCAUGAGGUCAAAGCUGGAGCAUCUGACGGUCAAAGACCACGGACCCGUGUUUGGGCCGUGCCACAAACUCCCUGGUCACACCGUUCAAAAGGCGAAAGAUGAGCUAAACGAGACAGAAGAGAGGCGGGUGUCAUCGCUGAAGGAGCUGAGAGCCAUGAUGAAAGACAGGGCAGCGGAGGGGGACGACCUCGCCAAGCUGGUGCAGGAGUGCUUUGGCGACAAACCCGACUCUCUGCUGCUGCGCUUCCUCCGAGCUCGCAAGUUCAAUGUUGUGAGAGCCCACGAGCUGAUGAAAGGUUACGUGCGCUUCAGGAAGGACUACCCUGAGCUGUUUGAGAACCUGACCCCUGAGGCGGUCCGCAGCACCAUUGAGGCGGGAUACCCCGUGGUUCUGCCCAGCAGAGAUAAAUAUGGCCGUGUGGUCCUGCUCUUCAACAUUGAAAACUGGGACUUGGAGGAGAUAACCUUUGACGAGGUGUUGAGGGCAUACUGUGUGAUCCUGGAGAAGCUGCUGGAAAAUGAAGAGACUCAGAUCAACGGCUUCGUCCUUAUUGAAAAUUUCAAAGGCUUUACCAUGCAGCACGCCUCCGGAAUCAAGACAACGGAGCUCAAGAAGAUGGUGGACAUGCUGCAGGACUCUUUUCCUGCACGCUUCAAGGCAGUACACGUCAUUCACCAGCCCUGGUACUUCACCACCACCUACAAUGUCGUCAAACCUUUCAUGAAGGCCAAGCUGCUGGAGAGGGUUCAUGUUCACGGUGAGGAGCUAGAAAGCUACAUAAAAGAGUUUGAUGCAAACAUCCUACCCUCAGAUUUCGAAGGGAAAGCCCCAGUGGCUGACUACCAAGCCAUCGCCUCCAAGGUUUUUGGCUCAGAAGACACUGCACUCUGAAGAAAAUCUGCUUUUUUUUAGACAUUUAGACAUAAAAAUUAUAUAUGGGCAAAUUAGAUCUUUUUUGUCUCGAUGCACAACUGAGAUAGUGAUAGCAGAGUGAGAAAAGAGAAAGAGCGUAGAAGAUGACAACCACAGUGACUUGUUUAAUGUUUUUUUUGCCUUAAAGGUUAUCCUUACAUUUAUAUCAUUGCAUUUGUAUCAGUCAAAGUAGUGAGGACAGAAGCUGCUGUGUGACCAGUUCUGAUUUAAGGUGGAUUUUUAAACGUUUAAGGAGUGAGGUUGCAUCAGGUGAGGGUACUUCCUGGUGCUUUGCCUUGGAAACAUGUCUUAAAGAUCUGCAAUUAUAUAUUUUGUGUAACUUUCUUGUAAUAGAGUGAUGUAAAACAUUUAAUAAAAUACUUUUUAAAGUACUUCAUCUCUCUGGUAAAUUAUGGUCCUACUAUUAUUUAAUCAAAACUUAACAUU